AGUGUGGAGAUUAUCCUCACAGGGAAUACCUAAGUACCACACUUGCCGCUCUGCGUUCUAAUCAGAUCCUUACAUUGAAGGGAGAACAAGGACAGGCGGGGAUCCAAGGGCCCCCAGGACCACCUGGGCCCCCAGGCCUUCCAGGAACUCAAGGACAACCUGGCCCCACUGGCCCACCUGGGAGAGUAGGAGAACCAGGGAAGCCAGGCAAGGAUGGAAAGGGCUUGCCAGGACUUCCUGGACCAAAGGGAGAACCUGGAGUUCCAGGAUACCAUGGAAGAAAGGGUGAAUCAGGGAUCCCAGGAGCAAAGGGAGAACGUGGAAUUACAGGGAAGAUGGGCCCGCCAGGUUUCCCAGGGAAAAGAGGGCAGAGGGGAGAAAAAGGAGCUCUUGGUGAUCCAGGACCUCCUGGAACCUUAGGACAGAAGGGAGAAAAAGGAGAUUCUGGAAAUGCACUUGGAGGAGGUAAAGGAGAACCUGGACCACCAGGAUUGCCUGGAUCUCCAGGACCAAAGGGUUCCAAAGGGGAACCAGGAAAGAACGAAAUAGUGGAUUACAAUGGCAGUAUCAAUAAAGCCUUACAGGAUAUACAAAACUUGGCCCUUAUGGGACCUCCUGGACUACCAGGUGCUGCAGGCCCACCAGGACCACCUGGACAAAAGGGAGAAGUUGGCCUGCCAGGUCCUCCAGGACAUGAUGGGGAAAAGGGUCUUGAUGGUGUAACUGGAGAAAAAGGUGAUCAAGGGAUGCCAGGACCCCCAGGACUAACCGGUCCAAUUGGACUUCCAGGUUUAACAGGAGAGAAAGGAGAACCUGGAAUGACAGGAGACACUGGGGAAUCAAUAACUGGGCCACCAGGGCCACAAGGCCCACCAGGACCAUCAACUGGCUCCACAGCUAUUCCUGUUAGCUACAUAGAGGUCCUCAUGGGCUUCCAGGACCUAAGGGAGAUGCAGGCAUUGAUGGAACAAAAGGCGAAAAAGGUGCCCCUGGUGAAAAAGGAGACCGAGGUCCCCUGGGAUUGCCUGGCACUCCGGGACCAAUUGGAGUUCCAGGACCAGCAGGACCAAAAGGAGAGAGGGGCAGUAAAGGAGACCCUGGAAUUGCCGGAUCAAUGGGGCCAGCAGGACUUUCUGGAUUACCAGGCUCACCAGGGGAAAAAGGAAACCGGGGACUCCGAGGUUUUAAAGGCGAGAAGGGUGAGCCGGGGUUACCAGGGCUGGACGGGCUGGAUGCCCCUUGCCCAUUGGGAGAAGAUGGUUUGCCAAUUCAAGGAUGCUGGAAUAAGUGAAUAUUUUAACCAUGGACUGUCCUGUGUGGUCAAACACCUUGGCUGAUAGCCAAAAAAUGAAGCAAGUAAGAGGGUUGAGAUAUUUGUUGAAGGCCUACAGUGGUGACAGAAGAACACCGUGCCUGAAGGUUUGCUGAAGAUACUGAGUUAUCUCCGAGGGGCACAGAGAUAUUCUUGAGUCAUGCACGCCAGAGUUUUGUUCCUGAAUAGUGGACCUGGUGCGGCUACAAGAGAUGGACAUGCCAGUGUUUUUUGCUCUCCUCUUCCAGAGGCCAGAGCCACUGCUAAUAGUGAGAGGAAACUGGCUUCUGUUUCAUUUUUCAUUCAUUCUUCUAUAAUAAUAGAAGCCUUCACAUGAAGAUCUUGGCAUGUUGUCCAUCAGCUAAUGUGAAGAGCAUUAAGACAUAGACAAGAGUUCUAUGCUUGUUUUUUAUAAGGUGAGAUUUUCUCAGCCUUCUAUGAGAAACUUUUAUAUUUGUUUUGAAAAGCAGCUCCAUGAAGAUACAUCAGCGCUUUUACCUUCUUUUCUAGUUACCAGAUGAUGAACAUUCACUUGCUCACAUUUGAUGAUUCCAUCCUUAACUCUUCCAUAACUUCAAGAGCAUUUGUU